AGCCGGAGCCCCGGCGGCACCAUGUCUUUCCGAGAGAUCAAGGCGGGGGAGCGAGCCGGCAGCCACGCCGAAGAUCAUGGGAAAAAGCAGAGUUCAAGUUGGGUUAACGGCAUGGAGAACAGCCACCACCACCACCACCACCACCACCACCACCAGCCCGGGGCUUCGGGCGAGAAGAGAAACCACCAUUGGAGAAGUUACAAGUUGAUUAUUGACCCGGCGCUGAAGAAAGGACAGCACAAACUCUACCGCUACGAUGGACAGCAUUUCAGUAUGGCUAACCCGGGCAUUGCCCCGGUGGAUUGUGUCCGGGAUCCAAGGAUCGGGAGAAUAUGGACCAAAACCAAGGAACUGGAGCUGUCUGUUCCCAAAUUCAAGAUCGAUGAGUAUUAUGUGGGGCCAGUGCCUCCCAAGCAGGUGACUUUUGCCAAGCUGAAUGACAACAUCCGGGAAAACUUCUUGACCGACAUGUGCAAGAAGUAUGGGGAGGUGGAAGAGGUGGAGAUUCUGUACAACCCCAAGAACAAGAAGCACUUGGGCAUCGCCAAGGUGGUCUUUGCCACCGUGAAGGGUGCCCGGGAGGCCGUGCAGCACCUGCAUAGCACCUCAGUCAUGGGCAAUAUUAUCCACGUGGAGCUGGAUACCAAAGGUGAAACUCGCAUGCGGUUCUAUGAACUGCUGGUGAACGGCCCUUACACCCCGCAGACCCUCCCCGUGGGCAAUGAGCUGGACGCUUCCCCGAAUGUGAAUGAGACCCUGCAGCUCCCUGACCCCCUGAAGCGCCUAAAGGACAGCAGCCUCUCCUCCACGGGAUCAUCGGCGGUCACCCCCAACAGCAGCACCCCCUUCUCCCAUGACACAGCCUAUUCCAGUUGCCGCCUGGACACCCCCAACUCCUACGGCCAGUACACGCCCCAGUCCCAAGGCACCCCGCUCACCCCCCGCCUGGGCACCCCCUUCUCCCAGGACUCCAGCUACUCGAGCCGUCAGACCACCCCAGCCUACCACUACAGCCAGGAUUCCGGCUACAAGCCGCGGCGACACGAAACCAAGUUCACCGACGCCUACAACCGCCGCCACGAGCACCACUACGUCCACAACUCCUCGGGGGCCUUUCGCAGCUCCCAAGAGCACCAGUUCGGUGGUGGAGGUGGCGUUGGGGGGAGCGGGAGUGGCGCCUACAAAUCCCACGCGCAGCAGGAUGCCGCCCAGUACUCCCACACCCCUCCACCUGCGCCCCACGGCCAUACGGGGCCCAACUACAAGUCCGCUUUCUCCCCGUACCAGGCGCCGGCUCUGUUCCCCCCGCACGCGGAUGAUUCGCCGGCCUUCGGGUCGGCGUCCCGGGAGACAGACUACCGCCGGCCCCCUCCGCCACCCCCUGCCGAGAGCCCGGCCGCCCCACCCCCUACCGCCCCCGGGGUGGUUGACUUUGCCCCGCUUAAGGAGAAGCCUGAGGAGCCCUCGGCCCCCGCAGUGGAGGCCGGCAGCUUGGAGCCGGGUGGGACCUCCUCCUUUGCCUGGAGCCCAGAGCGCUGCGACAGCCCCGGGACCCCAACCCUGGAGUCCUCAUCCUCGUCCUCGGAGAAGCCGCAUGACAGCCUGGACUCGCGCAUCGAGAUGCUGCUGAAGGAGCAGCGCACCAAGCUGCCCUUCUUCAGCGAGCGUGACUCGGACACGGAGCUGCAGAUGGAGGGGAGCCCCAUCUCCUCCUCCUCGUCCCAGCUCUCCCCGCUGCCCCUCUUUGGCUCUAACUCCCAGCCCGGCUUCCGGGACCGGACGCCGUCCUCCCGCCCCUCCAGCACUGGCCUCGAGGACAUCAGCCCCACGCCCCUGCCAGAUUCGGAGGACGAGGAGCCCGGCCUCGGGCUGGGGCAGGGCCUCAGCCAGAUGCCCGAGCCCGGUGGGGCUGACCUGCCCGGCCAGCUGGGCCAGGCCUCCGAGUUGGUCAAAGAAGCCCCGAGGAGCCAGACGCCAGCCUCCGAGAAGAUGGAUGAGGGCCAGCACUCCUCGGGGGAGGACAUGGAGAUCUCAGAUGACGAGUUGCCCUCGGCCCCCAUCACCAGCGCCGACUGCCCCAAGCCCAUCGUGGUGAACACACCAGUGACCAGUGCCGCAGUGCUGGCCCCCACCAUCCCCAUGCCACCCCCGCCACCGCCGCCGCCGCCGCCACCAGGCUUCCCCCCACUCCCCCCGCCCCCGCCGCCCCCUCCGCAGCCUGGUUUCCCCAUGCCGCCCCCGCUGCCCCCGCCGCCCACACACCCGGCAGUCACGGUGCCCCCUCCGCCUCUACCGGCCCCGCCGGGGGUGCCCCCGCCCCACAUCCUGCCCCCGCUGCCCCCCUUUCACCCGGGCAUGUUCCCCAUGAUGCAGGUGGACAUGAUGAACGUGUUGGGCAACCAGUGGGGCGGGAUGCCCAUGUCCUUCCAGAUGCAGACCCAGAUGUUGAGCCGCAUGAUGCAGGGGCAGGGCAUGUACCAGUACCACCCCUUCAUGGGCAGCAGUAUGCAGUUUGUCAACUUGCCCCCUUACCGCCCCUUCUCCAUGGGGGCCUCCAUGGGCCGGGGCCAGCAGUGGCCCCCGCUGCCCAAGUUCGACCCCUCGGUGCCCCCGCCGGGCUACGUGCCCAAGAAAGAGGACCCACACAAGGCCACGGUGGAUGGUGUCCUGCUAGUGAUCGUCAAGGAGCUGAAAGCCAUCAUGAAGCGGGACCUGAACCGCAAGAUGGUGGAGGUGGUGGCCUUCCGGGCCUUCGACGAGUGGUGGGACAAGAAAGAGCGACUGGCCAAGGCCUCACUAACGCCAGUGAAAUCAGGAGAGCACAAGGACGAGGAAAAACCGAAGCCCAAGGACCGGAUCACCUCCUGCCUCCUGGAGAACUGGAACAAGGGGGAAGGACUGGGCUACGAGGGCAUGGGGCUAGGCAUCGGGCUACGAGGAGCCAUCCGGCUGCCCUCCUUCAAGGUGAAAAGGAAAGAGCCUCCAGAAGCAGCUGCCUCCGGAGACCAGAAACGGCUGCGGCCCUCCACCUCAGUGGAUGAGGAGGAUGAAGAGUCGGAGAGGGACAGGGAUGGGGGCAGCCUGCCUUCUGAGCUCUCCAAGAAGGACCCGGACGCCGUCAGCACCCGACGCCGGCCAGCCCGGCCCCUGGAGCUAGACAGCGAAGGGGAGGAAGAGGAUGAAAAGGAGGAAGAAGAGUCUUCUUCAGACAAGGAGGAGGAGCUAGAGGGGGAUAGGCUGGUCAAACCUACAUCUGACAAAGAGGAGGAGGAAGAAGAGGAGGAGGAGGAUGAAGAUGAGGAAGAGGAGGAGGAGGAGGAAGAGGAGGGAGAGGAAGAUGAGCUUGACGAUGAAAUCCCCGAGGUAGAAUCAAGCGAGAAGGAAGAGGAGCAGGACUCAGAGGGCGAGGACAUGGUGAGCGUGGGCUCCUCCAAAGCAGAAGCAGAGUCGUCCGAUGAGAGCGAGUCCUCAGAGUAUGAGUCGAGCUCGGACUCGGAGGAGGAAGAGGAAGAAGAAGAAGAAGAAGAGGAGGAGGAGGAGGAGGAGGAAGGGGAUGAAGGUGAAGGCCAUGCCGCCUCUGGUCCUGAGUUUGACGCUCAGUUGGAUGGUCAGGAGGCGGUCACCGAGGCAGAGGAGGAGAUGACUAUCCUAGAGCUGACGCCCGUGGUGGACGAGCCGGCCAUGGUGGCGGAGGCGGUGGCCCUGGGCCAGCUCGGGGAUGACCGGGAGAUGGUGCAGGAGGAGCCUGCGGCCCCCGCCGGGCCGGACGGAGAGCCAGGGAGCAGAGGACAGUCCCCCUUGGAAACUCCAGUGGAAGAGCCAGAACCGAAGCCCGAGAGCCCCCAGGGGCCAGCAGAGGAGGAGCCGCCCCGCGAGCUGCGACCCCCGACUCCCUCAGAGGAGCCUCCACCCAGCCAGACCAGCAUUCCCGGAGACGUCCCGAGGCGGGCCUGGCCGGGGGAAGAGGGCAGGCUGGGCACUCCGGGCCCUGAGGUCCUCUGCCCCCCGGAACCGGAACCCGAGCUUCCCCGGGGACCUCCGCUGCUCCCCUCUCCACCCCCGGCCCCUGGCCCUGAGCGGCUCCCUGCCCCCCCGAAACCCCCGCCGGAGGAGGAGCUGCCCCGCACGCCGGGCCGGGUCGUCCUGGCCAAGUCCCAGAGCACAGAAACGGUGCCCGCCACCCCGGGCAGCGACACUCCCCUGACGGGCAGCAGCCUGACCCUCAGCUCCCCCCAGGUGCCCGGCAGCCCCUUCUCCUACCCAUCUCAGUCGCCGGGGCUGAGCGGCGGGGGUGUCCCCCGGACUCCCGGGCGAGACUUCAGCUUCACCCCCACUUUCCCCGAGCCGGGCACCUCCUUGCUGCUCCAGGCCGGCCCCCUGCCGUGUCCCCAGAAGCCCCUCGGGGAAGGACGGGCCGAGGGGCCAGUGGACGAGCCCUCUGGAGCGGGUGGCCCACCGUCUCCCAGGCCGCUGGAGACCGGUCUUCUCCUGGCCUCCAGGACCACAACCCUUUCGCCUCCCCAGCCUCCCGCCCCCCAGGAGGUCCCCUCACCCCCGCUCCUCCCUCCCCCUCCGCCCCCUCCUCCUCUCCCUCCACCUCUCCCGCCUCCGGCCUCCCCUCCCCCCUGCCCGCCACCGGUGAAGAGGAAGCCAGGCCGGCCCAAACGCUCCCCACCAGCCGUGCUGGCUCUGAACGUCCCCCAGCCCGGGCCCCCCCAGCCCCCUCCCGAGCUCCCUGUCCCGCUUCCCCCGGCUGGUGGAGCCGGGGGUCGGGAGCAGCUGCUGCAGCUGGCCAGCCAGCAGGCCACCACUUUCUACGGCCUGCAGGACCCCCGGGCCGUGACCCUGGACUUCCGGAACGAGGGCGGCCUGGACCCCGAGCUCCCGGCGCCCGUGGCGGCCGAGGCGGAGAAGCUCCCCUUCAAGGAGCUGGAAAACCAGUGGUCCGAGGAGCCCCCGGGGCGCGGGGACGUGGAACUGGUGGAAUGUGCAGGGUUCGUCAAGACCAAGGGGCCGUGGCGCCGCCCACCCAAGAAACGGCACGAGGAUGCCGCAGCCCUGCCCUCGCCCGACUACUCGCCCCGCCGCCCCCUCUUCCGGCCCCGCUCGGAGUUCGAGGAGAUGACCAUCCUGUACGACAUCUGGAACGGUGGCAUCGACGAGGAGGACAUCAAGUUUCUGUGCAUCACUUACGACCGGCUGUUGCAGCAGGACAAUGGCAUGGACUGGCUCAACGACACCCUCUGGGUCUACCAUCCCUCCACCAGCUUGUCCACCCCAAAGAAGAAGAAGCGGGAGGACGACAUGCGAGAACACACGACGGGCUGUGCCCGCAGCGAGGGCUACUACAAGAUCGACAAGAAAGACAAACUCAAAUACCUCAACAACAGCCGCGCCUUCGCCGACGAGCCCCCGGCUGAUACCCAGGGCAUGAGCAUCCCGGCCCAGCCUCACGCCUCCACUCGGGCGGGCUCCGAGCGGCGCUCAGAGCAGCGCCGGCUGCUCUCCUCCUUUACCGGCAGCUGCGACAGUGACCUGCUCAAGUUCAACCAGCUCAAGUUCCGGAAGAAGAAGCUCAAGUUCUGCAAGAGCCACAUCCACGACUGGGGCCUGUUUGCCAUGGAACCCAUCGCAGCCGAUGAGAUGGUCAUCGAGUACGUGGGACAGAACAUCCGGCAGGUGAUCGCCGACAUGAGGGAGAAGCGCUACGAGGAUGAGGGCAUUGGAAGCAGUUAUAUGUUCCGGGUCGAUCAUGACACGAUCAUCGAUGCCACCAAGUGUGGCAACUUUGCCAGGUUCAUCAAUCACAGCUGCAAUCCCAACUGUUACGCCAAGGUGAUCACCGUGGAGUCCCAGAAGAAGAUCGUCAUCUACUCCAAGCAGCACAUCAACGUCAACGAGGAGAUCACCUACGACUACAAGUUCCCCAUUGAAGACGUAAAGAUCCCUUGCCUGUGUGGCUCCGAGAACUGCCGGGGGACGCUCAACUAGCUCCCCCCAUCCCUUGCCGCCAGCCUCUCGGAGACCCGGGGGCAGCUGCACUUUGCCAAAAGAAGAAAAGCCGAGCGCCCCAGGCCAGCCCGUGGCGGGGGCAGCGGACAACCCGGAGCGGGCGGCUGGAGUGGCCCGGAGCGGGCGGCGGUGCCCAAGCCCGCACGUCCCCGUUGGCCCCUGCCCGUGUUCCCCUUCAGGUGCUCUCCCUCUGCCACGGGUGUGACCCUGAGGCCGUUCCACGGCCCGGCUCGUUCGCACCAACACUAGCUCCUUCCUCCCCAGGUUCCAGCGUUGCUCCUUUUGGUGGGAAAAGGUACUUUAUUUUUUUUUUUUAUUUAAAGAAAAAAAAGGAAAAAACCCAACAACAGAAAGCCCACCCUACAUCCCAUGCCUGUCCUCUCUCCCAGUAAAUGCUGCUAUUUUUUUCCUCAUCAAAAAAAAAAAAGAAAAAAAAGACAAAGGACAUUUUUGCCAUUGAAAUGUGAAGCCAGAGACAGAGCAGGGGAGCGAGAAGGUGGGGUAGCCAGUUGAAGUUGCACAGUCUCUGAGGAAGCCGGGAAGAGGAAGCAAAGGAAGGGCUGAGUGACCUGGGAAGUCAGCUGCUUGCCGUGUGUAUGUUUGUGUGUGUGUGUCUGUGUGUGUUUUCCCAUUUCUUCUUCCCCCCCAUCCCCCGAACUUCUUUCUUCCCCUCCCCAAACUCUGGCUGUUCCCUCUGCAGGCUGGACACCGGUGCCAGGGGGUGGGCACCCUCCAGGUCAUGAUGGCGCCUGUGGUCCCCACAGAAGAGACGCUGUGGCCCCGGUGCCCAGGCCCCACUCUUUCCCCCCCAUAACACUACAAGCGUUCGGGGCGAGGGGGAGAUGCUCAGCCGGUCUAAGGGCCCUUUUCUGCGGAACGAUCGCUCCUUCGGGGUGGACGGCGCGUGGGGCUGGAUUUAGUUGAUAGAGAGUGUGCUCUGUCUCCCUGGCCCCCAAUUCUGCUUUCAGGGGCCCAAGGGGGCUCUGCAGCAUCAUCUUUGGCCACUCUCCUACACUCCUAGGAGUGAACAGCCGGGCCCGGGGCACUUUAGGUUUGGGGCUCAGAAGUGGAGCGUGGUCUGGGCUCCCAUGUUCCUGGGAGUUACCCCAGCAGCUCCCGGGAGGGGAAGCCCAGGAAGCAGGUUUAGCCUCGGUCCGGUCCGCUCUGUCCCCUUGAAGAAAUCCCCUUUCGGUUUUUCCUCCUCGGCGAAGCCUACAAACCUCCGAUCGGUUGGCACAGGUCAGUCUCCUGCCCCCCAACCCCCAGGCUGGUGUGUGUCUGAGCACGGGGACGGCUCCCUCCCCCGGCCCGACCUGACCCCUGAGGAAGCUUCCCUAGGCUUCCUCUCCCGUUCCCAGUAAGUGUGGGUGCGAUCAGAACGGGGUAGCUCAGCCCCCAUUUACUCCCCACCCCCUGAUGUUGCCUGGCUGCUCCAGGCCUGGGCUCUUGGGUCCUGGGUCUGGGGAGUUGGUUCCCUUUCAUUUCCUUGCCCCUCCUUCCCCGGUAUGUCCAGGCUGGGGUGACAGCAGCCAGACAGGUGCUAAGGAACUGGCGGGAGGUGGGGGCGGGAAUAGGGGCCCCCCCAAACCUCUCCAAUUCACUCUUCUCCUCCCGCCAGCUUCAUUCCAUCCUCCCAACUUUUCCCUCUCAGGUUUGGAGUUAGGGGAGAAUGGCGGGGAAGUGCGUCUAGAGCUGCCCAAUGUUUACUUUCCCUUUCUUAUGCCAGCAUGG